AUGUCUACACAUUCCUUGUUGUGUGAGAGAAUUGCUGUUGCCAAGGAGCUAAUAAAAAGAGCAGAAGCCCUCUCCAGGUCCCAGAAAGGUGGCAUAGAAGGCGGAGCAAAGCUGUGCAGCAAAUUAAAAGCCGAGUUAAAAUUCUUGCACAAAGUGGAGGCUGGUAAGGUGUCUGUCAAAGAGUCCCAUCUACAGAGUACAAAUCUCACUCACCUGCAAGCCGUCCUAGAGUCAGCGGAGAACCUGGAGGCUGUUGUGGGCAUCCUUCACGUCUUCUCCUACCAGGACAGCUCUGGUGAAAAGCAAAGCUUGGUGGUGGAUGUGGUUGCAAACAACGGCCACACCUGGGUGAAGGCAGUUGGCCGAAAAGCCGAAGCCUUGCACAACGUCUGGUUGGGUAGAGGCCAGUAUGGGGACAAGAGUAUCAUUGAGCAGGCAGAAGACUUCCUGCAAGCGAGUCACCAGCAGCCUGUACAGUACAGCAACCCACACAUUAUCUUUGCUUUCUACAAUGGGGUGUCCUGCCCUAUGGCAGAGAGGCUUAAAGAGAUGGGAAUAUCCGUGCGAGGGGACAUAGUUGCUGUGAACACGUUGAUGGAGCCUGCUGACAAAGACCUCCAGUUAAGCUCUGGCGAAUCUGAUGAAGAAACCGGCGCACACUUGCAUGUGACUAAAGUGGAUCGGGGCCGUCUGAUCGCCAGUGUGGCUUUUCCUACCGAAAUCAGGGUAGACUUGUGCAAUAGAGUUAACUUGGAUAUUACUACUUUGAUUACGUACGUCUCUGCCCUUAGCUACGGAGGCUGUAACUUCAUCUUCAAGGAGAAAGUCUUAACGGAGCAGGCCGUGCAGGAGAGAGAGGAACGCGUCCUCCCAUCCCUGGAGGAAUUCAUGAAGGGCAAGGAGCUGUUUGCUUGUGAAUCUGCAGUCAAAGACUUCCAGGUCAUUUUAGAAACUUUAGGAGGGCCCGGGGAGAAAAACAGGGCCGCGUCACUCCUGGAAAGGAUCAACGUGGUACCAGAUCAACCCUCCGAGCGUGCCUUACGGCUAGUCCUCAGUUCCAAAAUCAAUAGCCGCUCACAAACCAUCUUUGGGACAGGUGAUAUGCUGAAGGCCGUCACCAUGACUGCAAACAGUGGCUUUGUUAGGGCUGCCGCAAACCAAGGAGUCAAGUUCAGCGUGUUCAUUCAUCAGCCGAGGGCGCUGACAGAAAGCAAAGAAUCUUCUGCCACGCCUUUACCCGAGCACUGA